AUGAAAGAGGGUAUGGAAGCUAUUGUGGAAACCGGAGUGGGCCUCUACAGGCAAGGCAGGACGCACCAUUCCAGGGCUGCUUGGAGGUGGCUUCGCCUUUGCCUUCUCGAAACAGUUGAGAGCAACCGUUGCAACAAGAUGGCGGCCUUAGUGUGGGCUGUGGCUGCUGUGCUGUCCCUGAGCUGUGUGUCGGGGCAGGUGACCAACAGCCUGGCGGGGCAGACCCCCAUUGUGAUGAAUGGCGCCGUGCUGCCAGACAACACCUUCGUGGGCAGCACCUGGGCGCAGGUUGCAGCUGGAGCAGGCGCACUGCAGAGCUACACCGACUUCGACCUGUACAACUUUCUGGUGAACACGGAGUGCCUUGAGGCCGAGUUCGACAGCGCGGCCACCUUUGGCGUGCCGCUGGACCCACUGCUGCAAGCGGGGGGCUCCGGAGCCAUUGGCGCGCGUCGGGCUAACAUUAGUGCGGACAUCCUGCCGUUCCUGCAGGAGACGGCGCGGGAUGAGGCAGGGCAUGUCAGGUUGAUUCGCGAGGCGCUGGGCCCGCUGGCGUCGCCGUGCCCGCUGGUGAACAUUUCCGCGUUCGGCACCUUCUUCGCCAACGCGUUCAACACGACGUACCCCACGGCCUUCGACCCCUUCGCCAACAGUGUCAACCUGGUGCUCGCCAUCUGGAGCCUCGAGGAGAUUGGGGCCACCGGCGAUAAGGGCGUGGCAGUGCUUCUCCAGAACGCAACCCUGCGUGACGGGGCUGCGGGGCUUGCUGUCUCCGCCGGUUAUCAGGCAUCCUCGCAGAGGUUUUACCUGUGGCAGAACCGCGACGUCAUUGUGCAGCCAUUCGGCGUCAGUGUGGCCGAGGUGGUGCAGGCCAUAUCCAACUACCGCGACUCUCUCGACGGGCCCGCAAAUGUGGACCAGGGGCUGUUCUUCGCCGGCGGCAUCAACAUCGUGCCCACCGAUGGGAACGGUGUUACCUUCUCACGUACGCCGCAGCAGGUUCUCAACAUUUUGACGUGCGGCGCGCCUGACGGCCGUGGAUGCUUCUUCCCCGACGGUGUGAACGGGCGCAUCAACCUGCCCACCCCGCUCGGCCCGCAGUACGCAAGCACGCGGCCGGGCACCAACUUCAGCGCCUUCUCCGGAACGGGCUUCGCGAACCCCAACACCCUGGAGCAGCCCGACAACGUGUCCACCAUGGCCGACCCGCCCCCGGGCAGCCAGGCCCCCGCCACCCUCCCCGCCACCGCCGUCGCCGUUGGGCAGCCCGUGCCCAACUCCCCGACCCCCGUGUCAGCCGCUGCCCCUUCUCCCGCCACCGCUUCCGCCGUCACUCCCGCCGCCGCUCCCGCACAGAGCCCGAGCGCUGCAAGCCCCAGCUCCAGCCCCAGCGCCGCAGGCCCCAGCUCCAGCCCUAGCGCAGCAAGUCCCAGCUCCAGCCCCAGCGCCGCAGGCCCCGGCUCGGGGACAACCGCACCCGCCCCCACCUCCGGUGUAUCCACGGUGGUCGCGCCUGUGGCGACGGCAGCCGCAGGGAACGGCAGCGCCUCCACCGACGGCGCUAACUCCACCCCGGCCCCAUCCUCAACCGGAAGGAAGAUGAUCUAAUGGGAAGGGGGAAGUGGAGAUGUAUUUAUUGCAAAGGCACGCUUAAAGUAGGUGUAGUUUUGUCUCGGCUUGCUCAAUUCUUCAGCAAGUGGGACGGUUUUGCUCUCAUCAAUUAGGAAAUAAGGUGCGCAAAGUCUAGCUUAUUGAGAACUGAGUAGAUGUUGGAACAUAUUGAGGCGGAAAUUUUUUUACCAGUACUCUGCAAUGUAUCCAUCUGAAAAGGAAAUGAAGUGAAUAAAAACUUCUUGUGACGCACUCGCUGUAGAUGCAUAUAUUAAAAAGCAGAAAAUCGUCUUACAAAACAACGGUAUGUCGGAAUAAUCAAGUUCUCAGAAACUGAUGUUUUCUUUAGUGCAUUCCCU